UCAUAUUGUUUAUAACAAUUAUGCUUGUGAUAUACUGUAGUAGUCCGCAAAUAAAUUUUAUCUUUUAUCACCAAAAACAUUGACUUACUGAUUUAUCGAUCAUGUUUAAUGGCAUUAUUUGGUGAAGUUUUACGUGAGGAUGAUGCAUAAAAAUGUAGUAUUAAUCGCAUUUCCAAUUAUAUUGAUUUUUGCCAAUGAGCAUUUACUUGUUGCUGCAUCAUGUAAUCUUUCCAAUUCUACUUAUGUUGAAUACAAGUACAAUACAGAUGUGGUUGGCAGUGAACAUAUUAUUACGUUUAAGGGAUAUUUCUCAAGAUCUACCAGAGAAAACUAUGUAACCGCGGCCUUGAAAAAUGCUGGGGUAUCAAAUUGGACAUUAUUACAACGAAAUAAUCCAGCUAACGACUAUCCAAGUGACUUUGAUGUGAUCGUGUUAGAGGAGAAUGGAUAUCGUGCGUUGGAUGCUCUACGAGAUCACCCAGCAAUUCGUCGUGUCACUGUUCAAAGGCAGGUUCAACGGACCAUAAAAUAUAUCAAAGAGGACGAGUGUGGACCUGCUGGUUGUUUAUACGCAGGUUGGCGUAAUCAUCGAAUUCGCGCCUUACGUUCACUUAGAAAACCACGUGAGAAUGGUGGCUACAAUUCUCGCAGGUUACUAAGAACAGUUCCACGCCAGAUAACGGCAGUAUUAAAAGCAGAUGUACUUUGGUCGCUCGGUGUUACAGGAGAGGGGGUUAGGGUAGCAGUGUUUGACACAGGACUGGCCCGACAUCAUCCGCAUUUUGGCCGGGUGCGUGAACGCACAGACUGGACUGGAGAAAAUACUCUGGACGAUGCUCUUGGUCAUGGCACCUUCGUAGCUGGCGUCAUAGCUUCGCGGACUGAUUGUCUAGGUUUCGCUCCCGAUGCCGAUUUGCAUAUAUUUCGUGUGUUUACUGAUAACCAGGUAUCAUACACAUCGUGGUUCCUGGAUGCCUUUAAUUAUGCAAUAAUGCGUAAGAUCGACGUGUUGAAUCUCAGUAUUGGGGGUCCUGAUUUCAUGGACCACCCAUUUGUCGAUAAGGUCUGGGAAUUAAGUGCUAAUAAGGUCAUAAUGGUAUCAGCGAUAGGCAACGAUGGACCCUUGUACGGGACUCUUAACAAUCCAGCGGACCAGAUGGACGUAAUCGGUGUUGGUGGGAUUGGGUUCGACGAUCGCAUUGCGAAAUUCUCAUCCCGUGGGAUGACUACGUGGGAAUUGCCGCAUGGCUAUGGCCGCAUGAAACCUGAUAUAGUGACAUACGGCAGCGGUGUCCAGGGAUCAAGUGUUACUGGAGGUUGUCGAUCUUUAAGCGGUACAUCGGUGGCAUCCCCUGUAGUGGCUGGUGCCAUAGCAUUGCUAGCUAGUGGUGUUCCACGACAUCACUUAACUCCAGCGUCUGUCAAGCAGGCCCUGUGCAUCACGGCUCGUCGACUAACCAACUAUAACAUGUUCGAACAGGGACACGGAAAAUUGGACCUUAUUAGUGCUUAUCAGUUCCUCAGAGAAUACGAACCAAAGGCAAGUUUGAGCCCUCCAUAUAUUGAUUUGACAGAGUGUCAGUAUAUGUGGCCAUACUGCACCCAGCAGUUGUACUACAGCGCUCAGCCCACCAUAGCCAAUGUUACAGUUAUUAAUGGUCUCGGUGUCUCUGGACAUGUGAAAGAAGUAACCUGGCAUCCUCACCUACCGCACGGCGGGUUGCUCUCUGUGUCUGUUGAACACAGUCAGAUAUUGUGGCCGUGGUCCGGUUGGUUGGCGCUCAGUUUCAUGGUACUGGAAGAAGGAGCCACUUUUGAUGGAGUUAUUGAGGGCCAUAUAAAUGUGACGAUUGAAAGUCACGGCGAAUACGGGGACAAGACCAUGCGUAAUGCGACACUGAUGCUACCGAUACGAGCACGAGUGAUUCCGGUGCCAGUGCGUUCACGGCGACUGUUAUGGGAUCAGUUCCAUAGCCUGCGCUAUCCUGGGGGCUACUUCCCCCGGGACGACUUAAGAGCUAAACACGACCCUCUGGAUUGGCACGCCGAUCACGUACACACCAACUUUAGAGACAUGUAUCACCGCCUCCGUGAGCACGGAUAUUAUCUUGAAGUUAUGGGUACACCUUUAACCUGCGUCGACACAUCUCUAUAUGGAGCUCUUCUACUCGUGGAUCCCGAAGAUGAAUAUUUUCCUGAAGAAAUGGCCGCAUUGAAAAAGGCUGUGGAUUCCGGACUUUCGCUGGUUGUAUUCGCUGAUUGGUACAACGCUUCGUUACUGCGGCACGUGAAGUUUUAUGAUGAAAACACACGACAAUGGUGGAUACCGGAAACUGGUGGCGCAAAUGUACCAGCAUUGAAUGAUCUUCUGAGUAUGUAUCAGGUAGCACUAGGAGAUCGCGUGUUUGAAGGCUCGUUCAAACUGGGUCGACACCCGAUAUACUACGCAAGCGGGACUCAUAUUCACAGCUUCCCUCAGCAUGGCGUCAUAAUUACAGCACCAUUGAGUGAUCAGGGGCAACAGAUAAUGUCGAAAGAAAAGCCUAGUGGGAAUCGAGCGGCAGACGGGGCACCGACCGUUGAUGUGCCUAUAUUGGGGCUAUUGCAGACCGGUAGCCAGAGAAGUAACUACACUAAUACCACUAUGGAAAAAUUACCACGGGCUGGUAGAUUGGUUGUAUACGGCGACUCUUCAUGUCUGGAAGGCGGGGCGGCCCAGCCCUGCCAUUGGCUGCUACUGGCGACUCUGCAGUAUGCCCUUGUGGGUCACCUCCCUUCGCCAUUGAAGGAAGCUGCCACACCACCGCAACAUCGGGUUCGAGAUGUACACAUUAUACCUUCAGAUUUGCCACAACGUGCCGAAGGAGGCCGUUUGCACAUGUACUCGCGGGUGCUCUCGCCGGAUGGCAGUGGACCCAGGCCUGUGCCUGAUUGUGGAAAAAAGCCAGCGCUCACACCACAUCCUGUACAGGCACCUCUGGCCGCCCGCAACCUCGCACCCAGGCGCCAGCCGACUGACCCCAAAAGCAUUGGUGCUCCAGAUAUCGAUGGUACAGAACCAGCGCCACGUGCAUGGCGCGGAGCUGGCGCGGCGCCGUCACGUUCUCAUCCGGAAUCUGAACCCACGUCCUCCUCAACUACCAGUCGUGCCAUCAGUCUGGUCGCCUUGUUCGGUAUCAUCUACUUUCUCACCACAAUCUGGAAACGGUGCGGCCGGAAACUUCGAAGACGCAGACUCAUGGCGCUGGCCACCUAGCAAAAACUUACACACAGUCAGCAGAAUGAUGCUGAGUGUGUGUCAGUAGAUGGAGCCAUCGAUUUCUUAACUAAUGUGACUCUCUUUAUCUUGUAUUGUCAAGACGUUCUGGACAAAUACUUCUCUGUCUAUUUGGUGUCUACCAAAAAUGUAUUAACUAAUCGAUUACGACGGAAUGUUACCUAAGAUUGUUACGUAGGAUUGGUAAUGUUUUUGUUUAUUUUUCAACACACUUGCUCGUGGAUCUAAUUUCACUGGUUUUCGAUAUAUAAAGCAGCGUUUAAGAUGCGCGUGAGUUAUAAACGCAACUAGUGAAGUUGUAUACCAUAACCGCACUUGAAAUGGUGUGCAUUACAGUUUUAUGGUUGAGUUUAUUUCAAAUGAAGUGUGUUGAAAAACAUCGUCAGCAAAACAUCGCAGGAUAUACGUGCGUAUUUAACAAACUCCGCCUUCGGAUCGGCCUGAAAUUGCUCCUCGUGUGCUAUAAGUUAUUUAUGACGCACUUGAAUCGUAAUAUACUAUUAAUCAAAUAAUAUUGGUGAUCCAAAUAUUGGCAUGGACUACUCAAAAUUAAUUUCUUCCAUGGAUGUGCAAUGUAUUCAUACCAUUGGUGUAAUAUUAUAUAUUAAUUCAUGUCUAUUAAUGCACUUGUCUACUUAAGACGCACUUGUUCUCUUUCACUACAAUCAACCAUAAGAAAGGAGCAUAGUAAUAUAAUUAAUAUGUCUGUGUUUAAUGUAAUUAUUUACAUUAAUAAUCCUAUAUAUAUUAUUGUUAAUUAUGGAUUUCGUUUCGAAAAUCAUAUAUUUCUAAUGAUAGCAUAUCCUUAUAAUUAUAUAAAACGUGGGUAAUCAAAACAUUCUUAAAAGAAUGGAUGUUUUUUUACAAUCUUAAAUAAUUUACGAUAAAAUUAUGACAAUGGAUGUAAAAAAUCUUAAAAUAUAAUUAUAUAUGCAUUUAUUAUUUUAGGUUAAUUACUUUAGUAUUAGAAUUUACAAAUAUAAGUCGUUUAGAUACAACGUGCGUACGUUAUAACUGCGCCUCUUUCAAAAUCCUCACAUUAUAGGAAAACUUUAAAAAUUCUAAUGUCUAGGUUUCAUUACUAAUAAUUGUAAUGUUUUUGAUGGUGUAAUACACUAGGCGAGACACAUUUAAUAAAAGCGAUUGUAAAAUACCAAAUAAAUUUGGCUAGUGUUUGACAGUUUAUAUAUUUAAUUCUCAUCAUGUAGCGAUUUAAUAGAAAUAAUAUCAACGAUGGUGUGUACUUUGUACUUAAUUACUGUAAGUUGUACAUCAUUGUAGUUGUCUCGAUAUCGAAAACUAAUUUGUUGGAUUGUAUAGGAAUAUUAACGAUAUAAUAUGGGUGCUUCAAAACAGUUUUAUUGAAAUUAUGAAUUUAAAUUGAUUGUAUUCGUAUUGUAAUAUAUAUAUGCCGCAUGUCUACUUAACGCUAAUUACGGAUUUUACAUGUUGGACAUGUUUUUUUACAUGUCUAAUUGUGGCUACAACGAUUAUAGACGAAAAAGACGUCGCAAACACUUUUAACGAUAAUUAAGCUAUGAAUUCAGCUGUGUAAGUAAAUGGUCAAUACAUUUUUAAUUUGCUCAAAAACUGUAUGCAAUAUUUCUAAAUGUAAUUUAUUUUAUGUAUAUUAGGGCUUUUUGGCCUAAAAACUGCAUUUUUUUACGAAAUAUGAAAUCACUUCUCACAAUAUGUUUGGUAUAAACAUAGGUACGUGUUUUGAAAAUUUAUAAAUCAUGUAGCUAUACUCUAUAUACCUGUAUAUGUUCGUAAUCAAUAUGGAAUGUGAUUUUAGGAUAUCGAUAAGUAAUGAUAAUGAUGCAUGUAUAAUAUGGAAUUGUAGUAUUGAAAUGGGGAAAAAGUAGUUAGAA